AUGAGAGGUCCAGGCGUCAGAGAUCUGAGAAGGUGGCGACGAUUGCGGACGGUUGGAGGAAAAUUAAGUGUCGAUUGCAUUGACCUCUACUUCCAGCACCGUGUCGACAAGAAGGUGCCCAUCGAGGUCACGAUUGGUGAACUCAAGAAGCUAGUCGAUGAAGGGAAGAUAAAAUAUAUCGGGUUAUCUGAACCAUCCUCAUCCACAAUAAGAAGAGCUCAUACAGUCCAUCCUAUAUCUGCAGUUCAGAUUGAGUGGUCGCUAUGGUCCAGAGAUGUGGAAGAAGAAGUGAUUCCUACUUGCAGAGAACUUGGAAUUGGGAUCGUGGCUUACAGUCCACUGGGCAGAGGGUUCUUUUCUAGUGGGUCAAAAAUGGUUGAGUCACUGUCCGACGAUGACUACCGCAAGUUUAUUCCUCGAUAUCAACCAGAGAAUCUCGACACGAACAUCCAGAUAUUUGAGCGUGUCAACGCGAUGGCAGCAAGAAAAGGAUGCUCCACAUCACAACUCGCAUUGGCUUGGGUUCACCAUCAGGGAAGCGAUGUUUGCCUGAUACCAGGCACAACAAAAAUUCAGAAUUUCAAUGACAACGUUGGAGCACUGUCUGUGAAGCUGACACCAGAGGAGAUGGCUGAGCUGGAGUCAUAUGCUGCAGGUGAAGUCCAGGGAGACCGGAACGCUGUACUUAUGGACAUCAUAUGGAAGGAUUCCGACACCCCGCCAUUGUCAUCUUGGAAACUUGAGUAGCGAGAUUACAUGUACCUUCAACUGCGUUUGUUGCCGUACCUUUAAAUGUGUAGUUGAAGCUUAAAUAGUUGAAACCCCUGGUGGCUGGUGUGAUGAAUAAGCCGGUUUCGUAUAUCUGUAAUUUAACUUUAAAACCCCUGGUGCUCUGAAUAAGCAUGUGCACUGUAUUGUAGUCGGUGCUCAUUGAAGUAUUGAACUGAAUUUUGAAUAAAAAACUGUGAAAUCGGAUCUUUUCUACGUU